CGUUCCGAACUUCAGUAGCUCCUCAGUCACGAACCAAUCAACAUCGUCCGGAAUGGCUCCUAAGAACGACAAUCUAGCCGCUUUGGUGUAUGGUCCGAACGACCUACGGUUGGAACCACGUCCGAUCCCCGAUCCGGCAUUUAACGAGGUUGUUGUCGAGGUGGACAGCUGCGGUAUUUGCGGCACCGACAUUCACUUCCUGAAGGAUGGAGGCUUCGGAGCGCAACGGUUGAUUAAACCCAUCGUUUUGGGCCAUGAGUCGGCUGGAGUGGUCCGCAAGGUCGGAAGUCAGGUAACACACCUAAAGAUUGGCGAUCGCGUCGCCAUCGAACCAGCCGCAGGCUGCCGCACGUGUGACCUUUGCAAGGUCGGCAAGUACAACAUCUGUUUGGACGGCAAACACUGUACAACGCAGAAGCAUGACGGUAACUGUUCCAACUACUAUGCUCAGUACGCGGACUGUUGCUUCAAGAUGCCAGAUCACGUUACGAUGGAAGAAGGUGCUUUGCUGGAACCGCUGGCCGUGGCGGUCUACGCCGGACGACGAGCUCAAAUCGGUUUGGGAAAUAAGGUAAUCAUUUUCGGAGCCGGUCCGAUCGGAUUGGUGUGCUUGAUUGCCGCCAAAGCAAUGGGAGCUACCAGAACGGUUAUCUUGGACCUGGAGCACGCAAAGCAUCGGUUGGAUGUGGCCAAAAAGUUGGGUGUUACCGGUGUCAUUGCUAUCAAGAAGGACGACGGGGAAGAUGAUUUGGUUCGAAAAAUCCACGACGUGCUUGGUGGACCGGCGGACCGCGUGCUGGAGUGCACCGGCUCCCAGCCGGGAAUGAGAAUUUCCAUCAAAGCUACUCGCAAUGCUGGUCGCAUUUGUCUGGUGGGGCUGGGCAAUAAGGACGUGCAGCUGCCGAUGGUGGAUGCCAUUUCCAGGGAAAUCGAUAUCACCACCUGCAUGCGCUACAAUCACGACUACCCAGCCGCGCUGGAGAUUGUGGCCAGUGGAUAUGUCGAUGUGAAACCGCUGGUGUCACACCAUUUCGACUUGGCCAACGUCCACGAAGCCUUCCGAGUCGCCAGUCAAGGUGAAGGAAUCAAAAUUAUGAUCCAUCUGGUACCAAGAGACACCAACAAUCCGAAAAAAUUUGUUAAUUAAAACAAUUUCAAGUCCACGGCAAAAUUACUUUCCACAUGUUUGUUAGCAUUUUAUAUUUACAAUGUUCUUUAGUAAAAAUUACCUACAGCAA